GAUUUUUCUCAGUACAAGGAGACAUUUGGGCAGAAGAGACCUCUGACACAGCUGCAACAAAGAAGCAAGGAUGCGUUCACUGGCCCUCCUCUGCGUUCUCCUGGUGGCCUCUGUCUCCCAGGCUCGGCAUCGACCCCCGCUGAUCUCCCAAGAGAUGGUUGACCACAUCAACAAGGCCAACACCACCUGGACUGCCGGGUUGAACUUCCAGAACGCUGAUGCCAGAUACCUGAAGGGACUGUGUGGGACAAUACUGAAAGGACCCAAGCUGCCACUGGUGUUUCACAAUACUGAAGGCAUCAGGCUCCCUGACAACUUUGAUGCACGCAAACAGUGGCCCAAAUGCCCAACCAUCCAACAGAUCAGAGACCAGGGAAACUGUGGGUCCUGCUGGGCCUUUGGUGCAGCUGAGGCAAUAUCUGACAGGGUGUGCAUCCACAGUAGUGCUCAGGUCUCUGUGGAGGUCUCUGCUGAAGAUCUUCUGUCCUGCUGUGACUCAUGUGGCAUGGGCUGUUAUGGUGGGUAUCCUUUUGCUGCUUGGGAUUUCUGGGCAAAGAACGGACUUGUGACAGGAGGCCUGUAUGGCUCCAACGUUGGCUGCAGACCCUACUCGAUCCCACCCUGUGAACACCAUGUAAAUGGGACUCGUCCUCCAUGUCAGGGUGAAACAGACACUCCUCAAUGUGUGGAGCAGUGCAUUGAUGGAUACUCACUGUCUUAUCCAAAGGACAAACACUUUGGAAAACGCACAUACAACAUCCCAACUGAUCAGGAGCAGAUCAUGACUGAGAUUUACAAAUUUGGUCCAGUGGAGGCGGCUUUCUCCGUAUAUGCAGACUUCCUACUGUACAAGACAGGUGUGUACCAGCAUGUGACAGGAGACAUGCUGGGUGGUCACGCUAUUAAGAUCCUCGGCUGGGGAGUAGAGGGCGGGACACCAUACUGGCUGGCUGCAAACUCCUGGAAUGAAGACUGGGGAGAUCAAGGCUAUUUUAAGAUCAAGCGUGGAAACGAUGAGUGUGGAAUUGAGUCUGAAAUGGUUGCAGGAAUGCCACUCGUUUAGACAAAACCAGCCAUGACUGCCCUUUAAUCUACAAACCAAGACAACCAAUCAAGAUUUGGAUAAACGACUUAUCCUCUCAGAAAACAUCCAGGCAAAUGUUGAGAGAUUUCAAGUAAUCAGCAGGAAACUACACUGUAUACACAAUAUAAUGAUGAAAAUUAGUUUUUUGUUCUCUGUUGUUAAAAUUAAACAAUUAUGAUGAAUUUUGGUUUUCUAUUUUAAAGAAAUGUCAUUUAAAGGUCUAUAAUAAACUCACUUUAC